GCUUUUCAGCUUUGCAUUGCUAAUAAAACUAUGGGGUUGUUUACUUAGGUAAAUAUGCUGGCCUCCACUUAAAUAUUAGCCUGUUCAUUGCCACAGUUGUCCACUUGCAGAAUGGUUGUCUGCCUGUAAAGUUAAUUCAACUUGGCAGACAAUGAUUUGUUGGUAAACAAACCGAUCUAGCGGGAGAGUAGAUUGUCUUUAGACACCUUUGCCCUCCCGUUCACAGGAUUUCAUACGCAAUCCUCAUAGUCAAACUGUAUGCCCAUGGCAAACAGACUCCAGGGGGAUGGAGUUUUACAUGCUACUGCUCUACUUGGACAGAUUAUUGAAUGUAAUACAACUCCUGUCAUUGCACAGCACCCUGCCAUUUGUGGGGUCAGCUGAGGAGUAUUUCCUUUCAAAGUGUGUCAGUGGGCAGCAAGACUACAUGCCAGACGUUCUCUUUGGAGUAGGGAGGGUGUUAGGCUGCAGGAUCUCUCAUCAUUCCAGAGGGCCAUAAAUAACUGCCUUUGUCGUUGCUGGAUUUGUUUUUACUAAGUAUGGAGUGACCUCGAGACAUGGCCACCAUGGGGAAAGAAAAGAAGUGCAUUCUGUGUGAAAUAGUUUACAGCUCCAAGCAGGAAAUGGACGAGCACAUGAGGAGCAUGCUGCAUCACAGAGAGCUGGAAAAUCUGAGGGGCCGGGACUGUGGCCAUGAGUGUCGGGUGUGUGGGGUGAAGGUGAAGGGCCUGACGGACUACGCCGACCACAUCUCCAGCCCCGUCCAUAAGCAGUGCGUGGAGGCUCACGAGCGGCAGACCAGAGCCAGUGACCAGGAGGAGGAAUAUUUCGACAAGGAGUUGGUGCAGCUCAUAGAGAAACGCAGGGAGCUCAUAAGGUUACAGGAAACUGCGGCCAGACAGGAGCGUGAGGAAGAAGAACAGAGGAAGCGGCAGCAACAGGAGCGCCGCGGGUCAAAGCCAUGGCUUCGUCAGAACAAGGCAACAUGGGAUUGGAACUUCUCUGAGGUGCCUCCGCCCCCUAGAGGCUGGUGGGGGGACAUGUCAAGUUGGCAGAAGGCAUGGGGAGGCGGCAACUCAGACAGAGGCGGCUGGCACCACCACCAAAGCAGACAUAGCAAAAGUGCAACAUGGCAUGCAGAAGAGCCACCUAACUUCCAAAACUGGAGCAGAGCGGAUUGCUCUGGAGGUACCCUGCCUGGGCAAGCCAGCAGCCAUGGUGGCAGGCAGAAUGACUACAGGGGAAAUCCUGAGUAUCUCAGAGGUAAGAACUGGGGUGGUAGGGAGGGAGGCAAUAGCAGAGACAAAUGGUGGCGACCACCUAAGGAACCUCUACAAGUGGGGCAGCAGCCUGAGUCUUCCAGGGAUCUCUCCACCAAAUCCCUUAAGUCAUUUAAGUCGGCACAGUCUUUAGGAAGAGACAACCCGAAGUAUCCCCGGGGGCAGGAUGGUCCAAGGAAAGGAUACCACAGCAGGGAAGGUUCAAGUGGAGAACUAGAUCAGAACAAAGGACCUGGUCCAAAGGCAGACAAGCAUUAUCGCUGGGCGCCAUACCCAUCGUCCAAACUUAAUGACGUACCACCUUUGGUGGAUGGUCAGAGUUCCUCCAUGGAGAAUGAUCCAGGCCGUGGCGGUAGGCACCCAGAGUGGCACCUGCGAUCUAGACAGCAUCUGCCCUCAGAACAUCACAACUUGGACCAAGAUUAUAGAAAGAUAAGGCACCAGAGUUUUCACCAGAACAGUGGCAGCACCACCAGUGAAAGCACCACCAGUGAAAGCCCAACUACCACUUCACCCUGCAGCAAUAAGAAGGUUGAAAGGCCAACAGAGCACAUGGAGAAAGCACCUCUACCCUACUCCUCCAGGGCUGACCUCAGUCGAACAUCCAGUCAGGACUCCGUUCACCUCAGAACAACCAGACACGAAGAGUCAGGAGUCUUAAGUCCCGCUAGUGGAAGCACAGCCUCCGCUACAGAGCAAGAGCGUCUGCUCUCUGACAUGCUAAGAAAAGCCAAAGAGACUCUUCUGGACAAGAGACCCUCUGCAGAACCCUGGAGAGAGCAGAGCACUGAGACGGUAUUGCACAUUCAGGAGCUUGAUGAGUGUGUGCCGAGCACCAGGAGUGAAGCCGACCAAGACCAAGGAAAGAGUGCCAACUGUCAGAUUGAACUACCUGUCUCUGAAGGGGACUCUGCUGCUGAUAGAUGCCCACCUGGCAGCAGCUAUGCUUCAAGCCAGACCGAAUGCAUGUCCCUACAGUCUGUGCAAGUUAGUACCUCCACUGCUGACCGAGAGGAUGAGGAGGAAGUGAAAGAAGAAGAGGACGAAAGCAUGAUUGCUACAGCUCAGGCAUUGCGUACAGCGGACGAGGGCUUCAGCUCUGAUAGUAACACACAGAGAGGGGAUGCAAGCACUCAAGCGCCCUGUGAUGGCAAUGCCACAGUGCCCAGUCUGAGUAAGUUGGCACUGCCUGCUUGCCUCAAGCGGGACCUGAGCCGACACAUCACCACUAAAGGGAAGGCCGGUCCUGGGCAUGAACCCAAUCUGAACAUUGCACGGCGAAUCCGCAAUGUGAGUGGCACACGUAAGAAUGAGGCUGAGAAGGACUCCGGUUUGAAGCCCAUCCUAAGAGAGCUCAUCAGUUCCACAGGGUCACGACGCAAUGUCAACUGGGACCAGGUGUACCAGGAGGUCAGCAGGAAGAAACAGGAGAAAGGCAAAGGUUUACCCAGGUUUGGCAUCGAGAUGGUGUCUAAUGAACAGGAGAAUGCUGCUCAAAUGGAGGGAGAAGAGCCCCUUUGUGAAGGAUACCAUUGGGAAUCCCUGUUGGGCAGCAGCCUGGCUCCCCUUCCAUCCCGCAAGCGCAGCUUAUCAGAGAGCAGCCUUGCCCCCGAUCGCACCUCCGCCAGCCUGUCACUGUUCUCCACACCCAGCAAUGUUAGAGAUGCCAGACCGAGCUUCAGCCAGUCUGACCCGGGACCCAAAGAAAUCCCAGGACAGAACCUCACGGAGCUUCUUCCGGGGCCGACCCAAGCCGCAAAGGACGCCAGGGCCCAGGCUCCCGAGUCUGUGGAGGGAGACAGCAGCUGCAUGUCGGGAACGGAGCUGAAUGAGUGUCACAGUGGAGGGAAAAAGAGAAGAGCAGCAGGGGAGGUUCCCACUGUGGAAAUGGCAUGUGCCGAGAGAAAGAAUAAGAGAAGAAAACUCAAGGGCAAGAAAGAGCGUUCUCAUGUGGACCAGUUAUUGGCUGUUUCCCUGAGAGAAGAAGAGUUGAACGGGGCUCUGCAGGGAGUGGACCAAAAUCUGAUCCAAGCUCGUGCUGCCCUUCAGGCUGCAUACAUGGAGGUCCAGCGCCUCCUGGUGGUCAAACAGCAGGUUACAAUGGAGAUGAGCACACUGAGAACACGCCGCAUUGAUAUUCUCAAAGGAAUGCAAGAUGACUUGCAGCACACAAGUUUUCCCAGAAGAUCGAGCGUUGAAGAGAUCCCUGGAAAGGUGCCAACAGCAGCCAUCUCCAUGGCAGUAGCUGCUUCCUCUCCAUUCUCCCCCUUGCCUGAAACUCCUGCCUUUAACCAGGGCCAGCCUGUGUGCCAGAACCAUGCUGCUGCUCCUCUCUCGCCCCUCUCCCCUGCCCAGCCCACUCCAACCACCACCACCCAGACCUUAGUCAUCAAGCUGGAGCCCCUCUCCCCCUGCACCGUCCCUGAAGUGAUGGAGUCAGCCCAGAGCCCUGUACCAAAGCUCCAUAGCACCACGCCAGAGAUCCCCGCCUUCACUGCACCGCUCUCAGGUCUGGACCUUCAGUGUACAUCAGUCGAGAUGGUGGAGCUUCGUCGGUCAAGCGCGGACCUCAGCGCUGCCCUGUCCAGCUGUGCCCCCAUGCUUCAGAGCUCUACCGCAUCCAGCCGCAGGAGCUCCCGCGCCCUGGAUGCCACCCUGCCACAGCCGCUGCUGGCCGAAGGCUCCGGCCUCUGCCCUCCGACUCAGCUAGAGCAGGCCAAGGCCGUGAAGAAGGUGCGCAAGUUGAAGAAGAAGCGCAUGCUUCGCCAGGCUCAGGGCACCAGCCCACCGAUGGAAAACAGUGACUCGGAGUCAGAGCGCGAGUUGCCGGCGUCCAGGACACUCAUGCGCAAACUGAGGCCCAGGCGGCGAGCCAGCGGCUCCCACGUCAGCACCUCCACUUCACCCUCCAUAGACAAGCAGCAGCAGCAGCAGCAGGAGGAGGAGAACAACGGCAACCAUGACAGUGGGGUCAAAGGGGAGUCUGCCGAGGGUCUCGCCACGGCGAGGAGUUCUCCACCUACCCUCACGCAGUUGAAGCUGCAUGCCUCCGACUCCUCAGAGCUUGAGAUGGUGGAGCUGCAUCAAGCAGCAGCAGCAGCAGCAGCAGCAGCAGCGGUCGACGAGGUGAUCAGCAUCGACAUAUCAGACCAAGAGGAUGUGAAGAUGGAGGUGGGGGCAGCCAAGGCCACCUCUCUUGCCAACACGUGCUGCCAAGUCCCAGCCAUGCCUGAAGUUCGCACCAAAGAAGAGCUGCCAAAGGUGGCCUGCAAUGAGGUGACCUCCACCAGUGAGAUGCCAAAAGCCAGCGCCGCCGUCAAGACUGACGAAAAAUAUUCGACUGUCUUGGCUGGGAGGCUGCGCAAAAGUUCAGCAGCAGGUGUGUGUGAAGCGGGGGAGGAGCAGAAAGCGGAGCCGACGGAGGGCAUGUUCGAGGGCCACCAGGAGGCGGUGCAUGACAUGCAGAUCCACGAGGGGCUGCUGUACACCUGCUCUGGGGACCGAACCAUACGAGCCUUCUGUCUCAGCACUCGUCAGUGCGUGAGCGUGUUUGAAGGUCACAGCUCCAAGGUGAACUGCAUCUUGUUGUCGUCGGGGCCUGGUCUGGCCCCACGUCUGUACUCUGGCUCCAGUGAUCAGACUGUCCGCUGUUACAGCCUCAGGACGGGUGAAUGUGUGGAGCAGCUCUCUCUGCCAGACCGGGUGCUCUGCCUGCACAGCCGCUGGAAGGUGCUGUUUGUAGGCCUGGCCAAUGGAUCAGUGAUGACCUUCAGCCUCAAGACCAAUCGGCAGCUGGAAGUGUUUGACUGUCACGGGCCCCGGGCAGUAAGUUGCCUGGCGACAGCACAGGAGGGCGCGCGGCGUAUUCUGCUGGUGGGUUCCUACGACAGCACCAUCAGUGUCAGGGACGCCAAGAACGGACUGCUGCUCCGCACACUGGAGGGACACUCCAAGACUGUGCUCUGCAUGAAGGUUGUGAAUGAUCUGGUCUUCAGUGGUUCCAGUGACCAGUCUGUCCAUGCGCACAAUAUCCAUACAGGAGAGCUGGUGCGCAUCUAUAAGGGCCACAGCCAUGCGGUCACUGUGGUGGCCAUCCUGGGGAAAGUAAUGGUGACUGCCUGCUUGGAUAAGUUGGUGCGGGUCUAUGAGCUUCAGUCUCAUGAUCGGCUGCAAGUGUAUGGUGGACACUCGGACAUGACGAUGUGUAUGGUCAUACACAAAAGUAUGAUCUACACAGGUUGUUAUGAUGGGGCUGUGCGAGCUGUGAAGCUCAACCUGAUCCAAAAUUACCGCUGCUUGUGGCACGGCUGCUCUCUGAUCUUUGGUGUGAUGGAGCACCUUCAGCAGCACCUGCUCCAGGACCACGCCACGCCUAACCUGCAGACACUCAAGUGCCGCUGGAAGAACUGUGACUGCUUCUUCAGUGCCCGCAAUGGCUCUAAGCAGGGUCUUGAGAAGCACAUGCAGAAGCAUGCAGAGGACGACAGCAAAAUGGAACCUUGAGGGGCCAAAAUUGAGGUCCAGCAGGAGGGGGGUUAACAGCCGCCUCCCUCCCCCAUAGCCUCAUGUUACUUUUCCCAUAUUGGGAAGAUCCCAUAGCAAGCUCGAUACUGGAGCUCUUGCUCCUCCAUCUUGUAUUUCUGUCACCAGACACCAACAGUCUCCACUGAGAGGGGGGGAUUCAGACAGACCAUGACAGUGCCAGGCUCAACUAUUGAGACUUCUCUGGAUAAUCCAGCUGGGGACCUCCUGGUGGGCACAUUUUGUCUUGUGGGGGAAAAAAAUUGUUUUGAAAUAAUAGCAGAGAAGUGCUUUUUUCAAAGGCAUGAAGUCUUGCCUUCUCAGUGGAGGAGUUUGUGUUUUGGUUGAUCAGUUUUAGAGACUCUCAUGUCACAUAUCUUCCAUGUCUGUCUCUAAUGUCCUCCUAUACCGUAUACUCUCUGUGGGAGAAAGGCCAGAGCCUGCACACCUUCUAUUGCCAUAGCAACUCUCUGACCAUUUCUCCUGAAAAGGGAUGUUGUGAAUCAGUUUCUGGACAGUAUGUCUGAUCUUUUCCUACAUAUGUUGAUUCUAAUCUGAUCUUACAUGAUUAUGUGCAUAUGAAAGAUCAAAAGAAUAACUGACCAAAAUAAGAAGAAACAAUGACUAUAAAAGAUGAUGACUUUAUUGAAUGAAACUUAGGACCUGGUUGAAGAGUUUGCUCUCCCAGCUGCACACACACACUUUAACAUUUUAUUUGUUUUUUGUUUUUUUCCGUGUGCUAUUCCAUUCUUAAACAAUGCAUAUGGCAUGGGUUUAGGGAUAUAUUUUUAGUUGGAGUAUUGUGAGUUGUCAAAGCAUGGUACUUGUGUAUGUUGUUGAGCAACUAUGUUGUGACUUUAUCCAGGGUCAGUGGUACCUCUUGGAGAGAAUAUACAAAAUCCCAAGGUGCUUUGAGAAUGUUUUUGGUUUUGGCCCCCCCUCCCCUAAUUUUCAAGUGGUCUUUUUCAAAUACAGUAGAAUACUGUAUGGUGGUGUUGACAAUUUUAGGCAUUUAAAUUUGAGUUUAUUUUUCUAACUAAAACUUUGUCACCUAAAGAUUUUUUAAUAGGUUUAGUUUCUCGGCCGGUUGAGUGCUUCUAAGUUGAGAGAAGUGGUAGUGUUCACCGAGAAGCAAACUGGUAGGGGACUGUGGUGUGCACUGUGUAGUGAUUUCAGUCUGUGGAUUUAUCUCUGAAGGACUUGAGUUUGCAGUGAGGGUGUCCAGUGAACGGGCAUUUUUUGCUUAUCCAGGUGUGAACCGUGUGUGUGUGUGAACCGUGUGUGUGUGUGUGUGAAUGUGUUUGAGCCUAAGAACCACAUUUAACUUGUGGUGAUGUUUCAUGGCUUUCUGUUUGUAUCAGUGGAAUGGGAGGUAUUUUUAAACUGUUAUUCCUACAUAUUUGGGGUAAUUGUUUUUGUAUGUGGUCUGAAUUUUACAGUUUUGUUUUUUUGUUUUUUAUUUUGGUGUUGGUGUUGACAAGAAGUGUGGGACGAUACCAUUUGGCUCUGUGCCAGCAGGAAGGUGUUUCUAGUUGUGUAGUGUUUGUGACGGAGGUUGUCAGUGGAGGUGAUUCAAAAGGGAAGUGGUUGGAAGUACAAAGUACCAUGAUCCUCUCCCAUGCCAUACCUCAACCCGAGAACUAACACACACACACACACAAACGAUGGCUUUCAAAUUUGCCACCACACACAAGGGUGGACUCUACUGCCACCAUGAGUAGCUGUAAUUGGAUGCAGUCUCAUGUUUAGUCAUUUUUCAUGUGACUUUAAGGGAGCUAUUUUACAGCUUUUAAAACACCCAGUGAUCCUUUCUAGCACAUUCUUAAUUGUUUGUCACAGAGUUUGAUACCAUGUCUUGCAACUAUUUUUUUCUAUAUUAUACCCAGUGACCCCAACAGUCACCUUGAUUACUGGAGGUCUUUUCUGGGGAGUUUUUUCUGGUGUGUAGCGCUGGGCUGAGCAUUCACUUUUUCUCUGAACAAGUCCUCCUGAGUUUCUUCUUUGACGGAAUUUUGUUCAUUAAAAUGCUGUGAACUUA